GGGAGAGAGUACAGCGGGCGCUGUCGGUGUCACGUUGGGGUGCGGCUGCAGACAAAGUCAUAUGUAAAGCCUGCCGUGAUUGUCGGGAGAUUAGAUCUGCAAGGCUCUUAUCGCGGGUGCCCGAUCUUUUCGCUGUCUGCACAAUGGCAUUGCUGGAGGCGUUAAAUGCGCUGUGCUUUCCCGUAGAGCUUCGUAGGCUGUUGCAUUUGAUCGCGGUGUUUUGUUUGGUUUACCUUCUGCUCAAAACAGUGAAGCUGUGUCGCCGUAGAUGGAAGAUGUUAGAGUGGAUGCAACUUUUCCCGGGACCUCCGGCCCACUGGUUAUUUGGACACGUACUGGAGUUUCCUCAGGAUGGGACAGAUUUGGACAAGACCGUAACAUGGACACACGAAUAUCCAUAUGCCUACCCAAUAUGGUUUGGGCCAUUCACAGCAUAUUUAAAUAUCAACCACCCAGAUUAUGUUAAAACUCUACUUCUAAGUACAGCACCAAAAGAUGAUAUGGUGUACCAGUUUAUUAUUCCCUGGAUUGGUGAAGGCUUGCUGGUGAGUUCGGGGCAGAAGUGGUUCCGUCAUCGAAGACUAUUAACACCUGGAUUUCACUAUGAUGUUUUGAAGCCAUAUGUGAAGCUGGUUGCUGAUUCAACCAAAACCAUGCUGGACAAAUGGGAACAAAUUUGCGCGGAAGGAAAUAAUGCCUUGGAACUCUACCAACACGUCAGCCUCAUGACAUUGGAUAGUAUUCUGAAGUGUGCCUUCAGUUACCAUAGCAACUGCCAGGUUGAAAGUGACAGCUCAUACAUUCAGGCUGUGUACCACCUGUGCUUCCUCUCCAAUCAGCGAUUCAGAACCUUUCCAUAUCACAACAACCUUAUCUACUAUCUCAGUCCCCAUGGAUUUCGUUUUCGGAAGGCGUGCAACUUGGCACACCGUCAUACUGAGGAAGUAAUACGCCAAAGAAAGGAGAUAUUUAAGGAUGAGAAGAAAUUGGAAAAAAUAAAGGAAAAGCGGUAUUUGGACUUCUUGGAUAUUCUGCUUUGUGCAAGGGAUGAUGAUGGUGAAGUACUAUCUGAUGAAGAAAUCCGAGCAGAGGUUGACACCUUCAUGUUUGAAGGCCAUGACACAACAGCAAGUGGAAUUUCCUGGCUCUUGUACUGUCUGGCCCAACACACAGAACACCAGCAAAAGUGUAGGGAAGAAAUCCAGGAGCUUCUCAAGCAGCACAAACAAAUUGAAUGGGAUCUGCUCCAUAAGAUGCCUUACACCACAAUGUGCAUUAAGGAGUCUCUGCGCCUUUGCCCCCCAGUCCCAGGAAUAUCCAGGAAGCUGAACAAACCACUUACAUUCUUUGAUGGGAGAACAUUACCUGAAGGUUGUCUGGUGGGUGUGAGUAUCUACUGCAUUCACAGGAAUCCCAUGAUUUGGAACAACCCAGAGAUAUUUGAUCCUUUAAGAUUUUCUCCUGAAAAUUCAGCAAAUAGACAUUCACAUGCCUUCAUACCUUUCUCGGCUGGACCAAGGAACUGCAUUGGUCAACAAUUUGCCAUGAACGAAAUGAAGGUGGCCAUUGCACUGAUCCUUAGUCGGUUUGAGCUGGAAGUUGAUGAAUCAAAGCCACCAAUUAAAAUACCCCAGCUAGUCCUCCGGUCCAAAAAUGGAAUACACCUAAAGCUUAAAAAAUUGGAUUAAGAUCUAAUGCAAGGAAGAAUUGAUUUUGAAAAACAUUAAAAUGGUGAUACUAAUUUGGUCAGACAUAUCAAUCUAUAAGAAAAUGCACAGAAUAAUCAUGGCAUAAUUAAGUAAUUUUUAAGCACUUGAAUGUCCAUGUUGAAGCUGCUCAUUUCCAGUUGCAGCAAUAUCACCUUAUAAAUGUGUUAUUGGUGGAAUGUCAUGAAACAUAAAAUAAUUUCUUGAAAUGCAAAACUCCUAAUAGUGCACUAUCCUGACUUAAAAUUAUAUUGUUCCCUCAUCGUAAAUCCUGGAACUCCCUGAAUCCCAGCACUGUGGGAGCACUUCACCUGAAGGACUCGGGCUUCACAAGGGCAAUACAUGUCAGCGUUGUUGGUGAUGCUCAGAACCCAAGAGUGAUUACUGCAUCGUAUAUAUAUUUGAAUAUAAUAUAUAUGAAUAUAAUAUAUUAUAAUAUAAUAUACAUGUUAUGCAUAUAUAUACACAUAUAUAUUCCAGGUUUUCACUGGAGACAACUUUAUUCAAUUUCCAAUUAUUGGUGCACUUGAUUGCCAGACAAUUUCAUAUAAGUAAUAUGUCACAAUACCUCUUCUGAACCUUUUGUGAUUUAAUGAAUGCACAAUAAACAAAAUUAGCAGAAAAUAACAUUACUUAACACCCUGGGUUAAUUAAUAGUGUCUAGUGAGUGUCUGAUCAGAGUUAUAAAAAAGAGGCUAUUUUUAUUUGAGUCAUUCUAUGCUUUUUUAUUAAUUAUAAUGUUCCAAGAAAUGGUAGCCAUCAUUGCAAACCAGGAAUGGAAAGGGCAAUUAACCUCCAUUGCUCAGAGUGACAUAUUUCCUAAAUAGUAGCUUUAAGUUAUUUCCAACAUGAAUUCAUGAAAUGUUACCUUCCCAAAUCAGGUUACAGGUAAGAGCAGGCUUUUGGAGACCCUUGUUUCACUUCCACUCUCCUAUUCUAGUCUAAAAAGUUAUGUUGCAGCAGGAACAGCUCGUUUGGCAUGAAACAAACUUUUGGGAUGAAUUUUGGAUGGGAUUCUUAGAUUCUAUAGUCCUGGUAUUACUGCUUCAUUAUAUUGAGAGUUUUUCCCAGGUAUUUUCAAUCUCUCCUUCGAGUCAAUAGAAAAGUUCACAAUAUGGCCACAACUGGCAGAAUGCCUUUAUCAGUCAAUAUAAGGUAAUUCUGCCAGUCUUCCAAAACAUACAUAAAUGAAACUGGAACAACAUUACCUCUAUUUAAUUAUUGAAAUUAUUCAAGGAACAGGAAUAAAAACAUCCCAACCUGAGUUCCCAUCUCAUCCCUAACCAUCCCUUCAGUAUCGGUAUUAAGCUCCAACCAAAAUCUCCUAUCUUUCCAAUGGCAAGACCACAGUGGGUUAACUAGUAAAAUAAUAAGUAUUUUCAGAAUGAAUGUAUUGUGUUUGUGCAAUAAUGUAAAAUGAGUAAUAUGAAUCCUGCUGUUGACAAUUUCAUUUAUAUGAAGAGCAAAAAAUGAUGAAGUGUUGUUGUUAAUUUUAAGGAAUGGUGUGUGAAAUGUGAAUGUUUGCUCUCUGGCUCAUCAUAUGAACGCUGUACAAAUAGAAGAACAAAAUCCUUUUGACAUAACAGCUGCAUAACAUAACAUAGAACAUAAUAACAUCAGUAUGAAAUGUAGGCCUGGAUUGCAUGUGGCAGUUGUAAUUUUUCAAGUACCAAGGGAGUGAAUAUUUCUUUAAGCAUUGUGAAACCAUUUAUUGUUAAUUAUUAAAGGAUAAGGGUGUUAUAAAGAAAAAUACUCCCAGCACAAAGCAAUAGUACUAAGGAUAUUUAGGCACAAUUUAAUUCUGUAAAAUAUUUUUCAGACAUCAUUUGGCAAUGUUUUUUGUCAUUAUUACAUAUCUUAUUACUGUUAAAUUUAAGAUCCAAAGUUUUCAUAUUUUUUAAAAGACUAGACCUAUGUUUGUUACGUAACUUAUGAAGAUAUUCUUAAGAAUGAAAAUUGGCAUUCUCACAAUAGCAGUGUAAUUGUGUUAUGGUUGGAUUUGGCUGGUAAUCAGAUAGGUCUAGAAAAUGGUGUGUGAAGGACCGUGAAGCUGGAAACAUCCUCAUAUCUGGCAAGGUUUGGUCAUGUGAUUAGCACAUCAUGGUCUCAGGCCCACAGAUCUUUGUGUUGGCCCAGGCAUUCUUAGGAAUUGAAAACCAAGUUGUAAAAGAUGGGGCAGAUUUUAUUAUGGGAGAUGCCAUCCUACUGUUGGCAUCAGAACAAUGAUUGCAGUAGUCAAUAAUUGGUUUCUUUCAGUCACUAGCUGCCCAUUCAAUCCCCAGCCAUGUUUCUAUAUUCAUGUUGGUGCAAUGUUACCAAGUUCAGUGCAAGAGAAAAUACCUAAUUACAAUAAGUCUUCUCAAUUUUUUUCUGGCUUCUGGUGGGCAUCCGUGCUAUUUCCAUGGAGAUAUGGGUAUCUGCUUAAUUCCUGGUUACUAGACUCUCUUACUGAUCUCAGAUAACCCAGAUGGUGCAUUGACAAGAGUCAAGAGUGUUUUAUUGUCAUGGGUCCCAGAUAGAACAAUGAAAUCCUUACUUGCUCCAGCAGGACAGCAUAUGUAAAUAUAGCACACUGUAAACAAUAUGAUAAACAAGGGAGAUAAAAAGGUUCUGUGACAGGGAUUCCUGGUAGCAUCACUUGUAGCUUUUGUCAAGCUAAUUUAGCAAAAUAGGCAUUAAACAAGGCAAAA